CUGCUACAGAGCGCACGUUAACGAGACCAGUGAAAAGUUUCUGCUUAAAAUGUGGUAUUUUUUGUUUGUAUUUGUGAUAGUGCUAUAUCUAUAUAAUAUUAGAUCAUUAAACUAUUGGAAGAAGAGAGGUGUGAAACAUGAUGUUCCGAUACCGUUUUUGGGGAAUAACUUACGACAGUUUUUUCAACAAGCAAGUAUGGCCAUGUUAGCCACAGAAGCUUACAACAAAUAUCCAAAUGAGAAAGUAGUUGGGUUCUUUAGAGGUAUGAAACCCGAAUUGGUAAUAAGAGAUCCAGAAAUAGCAAAGAGAAUUCUCGUAAGUGAUUUCCAACACUUUUAUGCCCGAGGCUUUAAUCCUCAUAAGACUGUUAUAGAGCCACUAUUGAAAAAUUUAUUUUUUGCCGAUGGUGACUUAUGGCGUUUAAUAAGGCAACGAUUCACUCCGGCCUUCAGUACGGCUAAAUUAAAAGGUAUGUUUCCUAUUAUUACUGAGCGAGCAGAAAAGUUACAAAUCAUCACAGAGGAAGUCUCCCAUUUAGAUUCAUAUGAUGUUCGUGAAUUAAUGGCAAGAUAUACCACUGAUUUUAUUGGGACUUGCGGUUUUGGAAUAUCCAUGGAUUCUUUGAGCAAUGAAAAUUCCGAAUUCAGAAGAUUAGGUAAAAGAAUAUUUCAACGAACGCCUAAAGAUGCUUUGCAUGCAGCUCUGAAAUUAUUAUUUCCGGAAUUAUGCAAAAAUCUUCAUUUCUUAGAUCCACAACUUGAAAAAUCUAUGACUCUCUUGGUUCAAACUGUUAUGAGAGAUAGAAAUUAUAAGCCCUCGGGUAAAAACGAUUUUAUCGAUCUCAUGUUAGAACUAAAAGAAAAAGGUACAAUAAUUGGUGAAUCUAUUGAGAGAAGAAAUAGCGAUGGAUCUCCGAAAGUAGUUACAUUGGAAAUGACAGACAUGAUAAUGAUAGCUCAAGUCUUUGUAUUCUUUGGAGCCGGUUUCGAGACAUCAUCUACAGCAUCCAGUUAUACAUUGCAUCAAUUAGCUUUUAACCCAGAAUAUCAAUUAAAAGUGCAAGAAGAAAUUGAUCAAGUGUUAAAAAAAUAUGAUAAUAAAAUUACUUAUGAAGCAGUAAAUGAAAUGACUUAUCUAGAAAAAGCUUUUUAUGAAGCAAUGAGAAUGUACCCAUCGGUAGCCUAUAUUGUUAGAAUGUGUACAUCACCAAAAUAUACCAUUCCUGAAAUUGGUGUUACAAUAAACGAAGGUGUAAAAGUUAUGAUUCCAAUACAAGCUAUGCAUAACGAUAUGAAGUACUUUGAAGACCCGGAAAAAUUCAACCCCGAAAGAUUUAAUUUGGGAAGAAAACAAUUUAAGAAUGUGUUUUUACCUUUUGGUGAAGGUCCAAGAGCAUGCGUCGGUGAAAGACUGGGACAGAUGCAGUCCAUGGCAGGACUUGCAGCAGUUUUACAGAAGUUUUCCGUGGAACCUGCAAAAUGUAGCGUGAGAUAUCCGAAGCCGGAGCCUACAGCGAUUGUUGCCGAAAGUUUUGUAGGCGGAUUGCCUCUUAAAAUAAGGAAGAGAGCAUCAUAAUAUUAUGUUAACAGGAUUACUAAUACGAAAGUAAUGCUUAAGCUUUAGGUACUUUUCUGGUUAAAG